GUGGGAAAUGCUGGAGCAGCAGCAGCAGCGUGGGACAUCACUCCGAGCCCUCCCUUUGCUGGAUGGCUCCGCACCGGGGACCCCUCUAAAGAGAAGAGAGAGACACGGCAGGGAUCGAUUUUGUCCUUUGGGGCUGGCUGGAGGAGGGACAGCCUCGCAAUUCCGUCUAGAGCCCUUCCCCGCUCUCCUGCUGCUGUGGCAGAGAGCGGCAACUUUUGCAGGGAAUCGGUGCUUUUCGCAUAUGAUCCCUGUCGACUCAUCCGGGAGUAGCUGUCCACCUCUCUAGAAAGUCCUGGAAGGAAAACUCAAGGGCGGCGGUUGUCCUCGGCCUCUCUUAGGGGAAAAAAGCAGCAAACAGAGUUUCGUAACAGGCAAAAUCCCACAUCGGGGAAUAUGAUAAAAGGGAGGGUAGUGGGACCUCGGAGUUGGGAGCCAAGGCCCACCCCGAAUCUCUGGGGCGGGAGGCUCUGAUAUUUCAUACUGCUGCUGUCUGUUGACACCCCUCGCCCCAGAUCUUUGGGGUGCGCCUUCCUACAGUUUCAGCCCGAGCCUUGAACUGACGAUUUCUUAAUUAAGCAACGGGGCGCAUUGGUGCUUGCGAGCGCCUGUACAUCCCGCCCGCGUCGACUUUGAGGGUUUCCUCCGCUUCCUGCUGUUCAAGGCAGCACCCCCACCCCAAGGCAGCGCCCGUCUCCUGGGCAUGGAGGUUCCGGGGAGCUGCGCUGAGCAACCCCUGCCCCCCGAUCUGAAGGAUCUGGAGAACAAAGUAGGGCAGAAACCCCCCGACGGGUUGCUCCGCUGGCUAAAGGAGGACCCCGCUGCUUAUGUGCUCCGGAGCAGCCCCAGCUGGGGGCUGCGCCACGGACUGGGAGAGAAGAUCAAGACUCUGAAGCUGGAACUGGCCUACCUCAGAGCAAUAGACAUCAAGAUCCUACAGCAACUCGUAGCUGUGCACGAGGGCAUAGAGGCUGUGAAGUGGCUACUCGAGGAGAAAGGGAUGCUGACCAGCCGCUGCAGCAGCCUCACCAGCAGCCAGUACAGCCUAGUGGAGAGUCAAGAGACAUCCCAACGGGGCAGCUGGAACAGCCUUCAAGACCCUAAUGACAAAUUGGACAGUAUCUCUAUUGGGAGCUAUCUGGACACACUGGCUGAUGAUAUGGAUGACUAUGGGCAAGGCUCCUCCACAGAUCCCAUAAUGUCAUCCACCCUAGGCAGGCCGCUGGCCAGAGCCGAGCUGGAAAGAACAAAGACUGACCCAGAUAAGGCUUUUCCUGCCAAGGGUGAGAGAGAGCAGGAGAAAAGCAAAGUGUACCUUGAGAGGGUCCCCAGCUUGGUUAAAAGCCAAAGUUCCAGUGAGCAAAACAAAGCUGUUGGGCAGUCACUGCCAGUGGCCAAUGGGCUUUUGGGUGGACAGGUUCCAGGGCUGGAGCAAAGCACUGGAGCUAAAUUAACCUUGGCAGCUGCAGAACAAUGGAGCAAAGGUGACCCAGCAGCAAAGGCCUCUAGGAAUAGCAAAGGUGACUUGGAGAACUGCAAGUUGAAUAGCAGGAGGUGCCUGGAGUAUGAUGCCCACUGGCAGUGGGUCCAGUCUCAAGAUGAUGUGACGUUCUUGUAGCAUCCUUGACCUGCUGCCUAGGCCAGCAGGUUAUGGAUGCAGGGUCUCAUGCAGCUAGUCUUUUGCACUUUGGGUUGGGUGAUCUGCUUUCCUUGCCAAGAUAGUUGCUUUUGUUUGAUCAAGGGUGUGGCUGCAUUUGCUGGUGGGCAGAACGUAUGGUUGCAUUGUUCCUCCUUGUCAUCAACUCUUGGGGAACCCCUUGGCCUGCCAUCGCAGUGUCCUUCAAUCGUAGUUUCCAGUUUCUGAGGGAGCUGUGUAGUGGUCAUCAGCGGCACAUAACUGCUUCUAGGCAUAGGCUAGGUUUGGAGAAGCAUGUUUGUCUCAAGAGCAAUGAGACCUGUGUACAUUCAUAUAACCCACUUGACUUUUCUCAGGAGAACCCUGUCCCCGAUUCAUGUUCAUGUUAACUAAGAAUUAUUCACUUCUUUGACAUUACUUCCUUUUUCAUCCCCUUCACUAUUAUGCAAUCUGAUGGGGGCUUAUUCCCACCUUUGCUUAAUAUUCUAGCUAAAUCCCAUAUUUAAAAAAGAAACGGGGAGAACAAAUCCCACAAAUCUGUUUGCAAGACUCACCAUGAUGAGCAUCCCUUUCUACUCUGCAUGAUGUGCCCCAGUCCUCCGCCUGGUCCUGGAGCAGAGGAAAGUUGGGGAGGGAAUCACCCCUAUAGUCAUAGCAUGCUUCAAAUAUACUUUGAGAAGGGCUAGAGCAGGGAUGGGGCCUUUCAGACCUAGGGGCCAAAUGCAGCCCUCCAGGCUUCUUUAUCUGGCCCUUGGGACUCUCCCUGGGCCACACCCAUCACCAGUCCUCCUUUGCACCCUCCUGGACUCUUUUUGCGUGGCUGGAAUGUGUCCUCUAACUCUGAUAAUGCCUCUUGCUAGCCUGGAUGGAGGAUAGAGGGGUAGGUGCAAAGAAAUUAGCCUACCGUACAAAGGUAAAAUGUACAUUUGUUCCUCCUCCCACUUUUGCCUCUAGUCCCACCUUCUACUGGGAUUUGGCCCCCAGACAGUAACUCAGAAGACAAUGUGUCCCUCGGUCUGAAUAAGGUUCCCCAAACUUGGAUUAGAGCAUGUGCAUGUUGCACUGUAUAUCUAGGGUCUUCCAAGUGCAGCGUGUUCAUGGGGAUGAUUUCCGCAUCCUCACUUCUAAGCUUUGAGACAGCCCAAGUACCAUGGCAGUGCACAGAGAAGCUCCAGCUCUCCUCCCAAGCUUGAACCAGAGCAGGAAUCAUGCUUAGCUGUACGCUGCACUUCUGAAGUGCCUCCAAAGCUAAAACACGGUGUCAGAGAUAGGGCACUGCCCCUCCCUGGCAGUCACAAAUUUUGCCAGGCUACCAAGGCCAGAUAACCUGUGUGCCAGUUUUCACCAACCUGGUGCCCUUCUGAUGUUUUUGAAUUGCAAGUCCCAUAAUCUCUGAUCCUCACCAUGUGCUGGCUUGAUGCAACAGAAGUUGUUGUUAUAGUAGGAAACAUUUGGAGGGCACCAGCUUGGGGAAAGCUGAUUUAUGAAAUCAUGGGGCAAACAACUGAGGAUGUGCUCAAACUUUUGGGAGCCAGCAAAAUUUUAGGUGUCAGCCCCAGACAAAGUUACAACCCUCACACACACAUUUCCAAAUGUUUGUCAGUGUCUUCAGGUAGACAGCCAGGGACCUGGGAUGUUCCAGUGCUCUAGUUUGGAUGUGGAUUCAAAUAAGUUGCCCAGCUUUUCUACCCCACAAUUUACCCUAUAGUAAGAGGGGGGUGGAAUUACCUGAUUUUGUGGGAAUGUCGUAAAGCUAAUUUUAAAUCCUGCUCUUACUUUAUGAAGUGAAUGAAAGAGUAGGCUGAAAUAGUUCUGGCUUUGUUUAAAUUAAUGGUCUAUUUAAGGUAACUUUGGUUAAGACCCAAAUAGGACAAGUUUUAGACUCUCUCAGACCCAAAUCCUCAAAUCUGUUCCCCAUAAAGUUUGGCAAUUCAUAUGCUACUCCCAUCUCACCUUACUCCCCAUUGAUAGAAUUUUUGAUUGGCCAACAUCAUUGAUUGUUAAAUUUAUAAACAGCAGGGUGGAUGGAUGCUAAUCAACAGUGCACAUUAUUCCCAAAUAUCUGGUAGCCUUUCAAAAUUUUGCAAUGCUUCUGUUGAGCCACCAUGCACAUUCAUCCUGCAAAUUUCAAAAUAAUUUUUUCUACAUUCUGAAACCUCAUGAUAUUUUCUUUGAGUCCUUUUUAAACAUGGCCAUCCUAUUUUGUAUUUGAGCAGCAUCCAUAUUCUUGCUACAUUUUCUUUUAAAACCUUAUGUGCCAAAAUGAUAUCAGCCCAUCCAGUCGUACCAUCAUUUCUGCGAAGGGCCAGUUAAAUUUUGCAUGUCUGUUGUAUGUUCAUCAUUAUUAAAGGCUUCAGAUCUGAUGCUGCAAUGCAACUUACAGCAAAUAUGCACACUCAGUUAUGCAUGUUCAUGCAACAAAGAUAAACAUAUCCAGCAUAUGGCAGAUUUCACUGUGUGUUUAAAAUCUGGUUUUGACAAAAUAGUCAAAAUGGUAAUCUGAGGGUUUCAAAAUAAUUCUAGUUUGAAUGUGCUCAGUAGGUUUUCAUUGCUGGUACCAGACUGUGCCUAGGAUUCUCUCCUCCCACCCCCUUUCCUUUGUGUGUGUCAAAAUCUUGUCUUUUAAUUGUGACCAAUCUUACCUGAGUUCGUGGCUCAGAGCAGAAAAGCAAUCAGACUCUCAGGGUUAAAUUAUGCUGAAAAUAACUGUAGAAAUUUAUCUCAGUACAGGAGAAUACAGAGGAAGAUAAAACCACACACAACACCACAAACUGUCGAGUUGUGGAUCAACCUUAAGGACUUUGUUUUUGCAGACCACUAGCCAGGCACUCCUAUUUCACAUGAUAAUCCAAGUCACAAAGGGCCAAAUGAGAUAGGAUGCUUAAUUGUGUGAUUGCAAUUAACACUUAAAAAAAUUAAUAGCACACUGUGGCUGAUGGGGAAGGGGACUUAAACCCUUUCCUCUUAUGCUAUGGCCCUUAUAAAAAUCCCCUCCAACUUGCUACCCUCUGGGGGCAAAUAAUCAAGUUUUUAGAGGGGCACUGCUUUCAUUGGGACUAUGGUAUGGGGGAUAGAAAAGCACUAUCCCUCUCCCUGCAUGCUGCAGUCCUGAUUGCACUACCCAUGGCUGCUAUUUAAAUAACUUAAAAGCUAUUUAAUUCAUUUUAACAAUUGGACAUGUUUAUUGCGAUCACACAGCUGAUGUCUCAUCUGAUUUAGCCCUAAUGUCUGUCUUUUUUGUAUGUUUCUUUUGUGAGCUGUUGUGAUUUGAGAGACCAUGUAGUUUUGAAAAUAUGAAGAAUCCAAACUCAGAAGGAAAAGCAGCAAUGGUAGCUGCCCUCUGCAUGGAGAUCUGUCCUGCUUUAUCGGUCGGUAUCAAUCCUUAAAGCUUUCUGUAUGCAUGUCAGUAUAUUGGCAUCUUGGCUUGAAAGGACAAAGAGCCAGCUUGUAGCAGGGGUGUGGGCCAGUAAAUGACAUGAAGGUUGUGAAUAGGUUAUACAAGCAAUAUUGUCUAAUGCCUGUAGCCUGUUUUGAGUUUCAGUACAAAUACUAAAAAAUACAGUAAAAUCCUUAAUGCUUCUUUUCUCAAGUUUGAAAACAUGGGGUGCUUUGAAUUCAGGAAUUGUUUCAUUUUAAGUAUAUUUUAUUGGCUUAACAAGGACAAUAGCAAUAAAUACUUCAGACAACAUAUAUUCCAAUGACGUUUGGAAGGAACCCUUGCAAAGGUGAUUGGAUUCACCACUGGUUAUUUUUUUUACCCUUCAUACUGGCUGAUCUCAGCUCCCAGUUUUGAAAUCAAAGCCCACUGUGAAAUCCACAUCACAAUUCAUACAAAAAAACCUUUCACUUCAAAGCCUGAAAACUACAUUAUGAAUUUUGCAUAGUUGAUUUCAUCCAAAUAAAUGUGUAUUCAAAAUCAGUGAACUUGAAUGCGGCAGAUUCUUUGAACUUCGAAUAUGCAAAACAUUUGCUUUCAAAGCAGCCAAAGAACAAAUUGGCAUUUUCAAUUUGAACAAUCCACGUUUGGGUUUAAUUUGAAGUUUGCUUUAAAUAUGUAGUUCACUCCUACUUGCUGUAAAACCUGAACUAUGUGCCCAAAAAUUUAGAAUUGGAGAACUAGCCGGGACCAGUUCUCAUCUAACCAUCUAAGCAAAUGUCUAACCUCCUGCUCAGAGGCUGGACAGUCUUACCCAGCUGGAUCAACAUGCCCAGUCCAGACUACAGAAGGCUCCAAAGAGAACAGGUGCAUAGCUGGAAAAAAGCCCUGAAUAGGAAAUAGCCUCAAAUGAUUCAAACAGGAUCACAAAUAACAAAGCUGUAUGCUGCAGGAUAAGGCAAAUAAAACAAAAUAAUCCAGGUUCUCUAGCCAAUUUGACCAGAAGCUUCUCUCCAAAUUGUUAGAGUGCAGAACAUCAUCCUGGGUAAACUGCCUUGUUUCACAAUAUAUUGUUUAUCUGGCAACAGUACACAUCAUGUGGUGGAGCAUAAGGAUGUUGAUCCUUUUAGAAAUAUUCUCAUUCCCAUGACAAAAUUGAAAGCAGGAUAUUGCUGUAUUCUAGCCUAGGAGAAUUCUUGUACUGUUUACACUUAGCAGAGAGAACAGAAGUGUAUAACUCAUGAAGAUUUCUCUUGCACAGUCUGGAAUAAAUCUGCCCCUCUGACUGUUGUUAUAGAAUCGAGCCUCUUGAGGUUGAUUCUUUUUAAAGCCAUAAUGGCUCAUUAAAAAAAAAGUCCAAGGCAU